CUCUGUUAUUAUUCGGUUGAAAACGAAAGUGGACUUCACAAUUUAUUUCAGCUCGAUGAAAAAGGUAGAGAUGUAGCUACAAUUAAAUUAAAUUAUCUGCUCAAAAAGUGAGACCUCCUUUUAAGCAAAUGAAGAGGAGGUUGAACUAUGGUAUCACGGUAGUUGUCCCCAAAAAUGCAAGUAUGGAAGGAUAUAGAUUGGUCAAAAUCUUCAAAGUUUUCCUCUUUGUGUUUUUACUCCACUUGGAUACACACAGAGCUGCAUUUGGGAUCCCAAUAUAUGAAGGUGAAAGAAGUGCCCCAAGAGAAGAUGCUGCACUGGCACAACAAGAUGUGAAGAGAAAUGAAGGAGAGGAAAGAUACAAGAGGAACUCUGAGCUUGCACCGUUUAAUACCAUAAAAGAAGGUCGUUGCCCAUAUACUGAUGAUGAAUGGAAACAGUUUAGAAUCAGUUGGAAUUGCUCAAGUGCAAGAGAAGGGUCAACAUAUCAUUGUACACAUUAUAAUGAUUAUGAAGACCCCAGAGAAGCUUGUGGAAUUCCUCAGUUUUGUGAUAAAGGGAAAGGGCCUGUUAUUGUGUUUCCAGAAGGGCAUUCAAAGGUAGCAGAAAUAAAAUGUGACUGGUGUCCAGAAGAUUAUUUUAAUCCUUUAGAAUCAAUAAAGUCAGAUCAGUAUUCUACAUGCCCAGAAGUUCGACACAAAUGUACAGAUAGAGGCCUUGUAGAGUGUGAUAUAGUGAAAGGUGUGAAAUGGUAUUGGACUGACUCAAAAUGUGAAUGUGAUAUAAAUAACAAUUUUUUUCCUCCAUAUAAAGAGAAAAAUAAAUGUUCCGACCACAGCGGGCCCUGUUUCGAGGACUCAGCAUGUGAGAAGUCACCAGAGGGAUUUGAUCAAAUAUACAACUUUUCUGUGUCAGAAGGGAAAUAUGUGUGUCAACCAGGAUGCAAAGAAGGCUUUGAGUUUAAAACCCCACAAUCUAAAAAGUGUGAACCUGUACAAAGGAAUGAUGGCAACAGUACGACAUUUAAUAAUGAGACAACAAUUUAUGAUAGCAGCUCAUUUAGCCCAACAAAGCCCGAAAGCACCACCACCACAAGUUUUUUACCAACAACAAAAACCAUGCAUGAUGAAGAAGGAGAUGUUGACUUUUCUAUGGGGACGAUAAUAUGCAUUGUAAUUGCAGCUGUUUUAGGAUUUGUCUUGAUAUACGUUGUCAUCGGUCUUUGCAACUAUAUAUAUAUAAGAAGAGCAUCUAGUAAUAAAGGAAACUCAAGAAGUAAUAAACAGGUGAAGUUCCGACAAGGAAGCUCAAGUAGCAAAUUAAAGGUGCAGUUGCCGCAGAGUAAUGGCAAGUAA